AUUUUCAGAAAAACAUUUACAACAUUAAUGGAUUGCAAGCUUGAAGUAUUGUAUCCAUCUCUCAACUUUGCAAAUUACGAUAACAUACCAAGUGGAAGUAUCGAUGACGUUAUUCGAAAAAAUGCCAAUAAGAUUUUUCUAUCAAUAAACCGCUACGAAAGGAAAAAGAACUUGAAUCUUGCCAUUUAUGCUUUCGAACAAUUACUUCAAGAAUUGCCUUCGGAUCAGGUUCGAAGGGUGCACCUCAUCAUAGCUGGAGGAUAUGACGAUCGAGUAACCGAAAACAUCGAGUAUUAUCAAGAACUUGAAGAAUUGGCCCAAAAUCUCGAAGUAUCAGAUUACAUAACCUUCCUGAAAUCCCCGAGUGAUACAGAAAAGUUACUCUUGAUACACGGUUGCACGGCCGUGUUGUAUACUCCCGAUAACGAGCAUUUCGGUAUAGUCCCUCUGGAAGCAAUGUACAUGUCACGUCCUGUCAUAGCAGUUAAUAGUGGUGGGCCCCUAGAAACAAUAAUUGAUGACGAAACGGGCUUUCUUUGCGAACCGCAACCUGAUAAAUUUAGUGAAGCCAUGAAAAAAUUUGUCGAAAAUCAAAAUCUAUACUUAAAAAUGGGAAAGAAAGGUAACGAACACGUUAAACAAAAAUUUUCCUUCUACUUGUUUACAGAACAAUUACAUAAGACUAUAGAGAAUUUGAAAGAGGCACCCCAAACAAAGAAAUGAUUUUAAUAAAUUCAGUACACGUACAAUGAUUAAAAUUCUAUAGAAAUAUAAGUUGCAGGAUUACAACAACAAAUAUUUUUAUAAUUGUCUGUCUGGGAAUAUUUCUUUUAAAAAAUAUUGCCUUUGUUAAAAAUUUAAUUGUGGACCAAGAAGUCAUUCCAAUUUCGAUUACGAAUAAAGUAAAUUUAACGCGGAGAAGAAUUUUUAAAAAAUUGUAAUUA